AUGGCCGAUGCACUGACACCAGCGCGGUUCGAAGAAGAAUACGUCUUUCCACGACACUACCUGCCAGAGGUCAUGCAAGAUGAGAAUAAAACGCCGCUGGUACUGGUAGCUUGUGGCUCGUUCUCUCCCAUCACCUAUUUGCACCUGCGCAUGUUUGAAAUGGCCCUGGAUCACAUCAAAGAACGCAGCGAUUAUGAGCUGCUGACAGGAUAUUAUUCCCCUGUCAGUGAUGCGUAUAUGAAAGAAGGAUUGGCCAAGGCUUAUCAUCGGGUGAAAAUGUGCCAGUUAGCGGUUGAAUCGACUUCCGAUUGGCUCAUGGUGGAUUCGUGGGAAUCACGUCAAACAACAUACCAACGAACAGCGGUGGUAUUGGAUCAUUUUGAUCAUGAACUGAAUACGGUGGGAGGAGGUAUUCGGACCAAGAGUGGCGGAAAGCGGAAAAUUCGGAUCAUGCUGCUGGCUGGCGGUGAUCUUAUUGCAUCCUUUGGUCAUCCAGGUGUUUGGGCACCAAAUGAUUUGCACCAUAUUGUCGGUUAUUACGGUUGUGUCAUUAUUGAAAGAACCGGAACAGACGUGUAUGGAUUUUUGUUAUCGCACGAUAUUCUUUAUCAACAUCGGAUGAAUGUUACUGUCAUCAAACAAUUAAUUCACAACGAUAUUAGUUCUACAAAGAUCAGGCUUUUUGUGAAGCGCGGCAUGUCUAUCAAGUAUUUAUUGCCCAACCCUGUAAUUGACUACAUUUAUGCACAUGGCCUCUAUCUCCCACCUCCACCUCCGACAGACGCAUAG